AUGACAAGAAGGAGGAUGGUAGAAUCGUCAAGUCAGCACCCGAAUAUUUCUAAUGAUGAUAUACUAUCGUCAUUCUUUAUUAACUCAUCGGAGGAAGAGAUUAAGAAAUCUAGUAAUCAAGCAGUAUCCCUUUCAACUGCAGGUAUUAGAGCUUUAGUAUAUCAAUUACAAGCCUUGUAUUUAAGAACGCCAGUGAAGUUAUUCAGGCCCUCAAGAUUUGAUUAUCUAGCCUAUGUUAGGGCUAUGGCUGAUAAACAUGAUGACUUGAGCUUAAAACCAUGGAGAUUUACUACACAUUCAUCAUUGGCGAUGUUGAUUAAUACCAUCAAGAAAGAAGGUUGGAGAUUCAUCCCUGACCAGAUUUUACCUCCAUUAUUAGCCAAUUCAGCUACAGGGAUCAUUUUAUACAGUAGUUAUUUAACAGCCUUGGAUUAUUAUGAUAACAAUAGAGAUAAAAACAUCAAAGCCAAAAUUAAAGGGGAGUUUAAUUAUUCUCCUAUAGAUACUUGGAGAGCUGGGUUUAUUGCGGGAAUUGCCCAAUCAUUAGCAGCAGCUCCAAUAGAUGCCAUUUAUGCUAGAUCAACCACCUCAGAAAUCAUCAACGGUAACCAUCAAAAUUUAUGGAUUUAUGGAUUCAAAAAAUUACAAGAAAUUGGAUUAACAGGAGUGUUUGCAGGUUACGGAUUCUCUUUGAUCAAGGAAAGUAUUGGAUUUGCAUUUUACUUUUCAACUUUCGAACUAGUUAAAAACCAAGCUUAUGGAUUAACUUUCAAUUCAAUCAUAACUUAUAGGAAGUUCAAACGUUAUUUAAGACAAAAAUUUGCCAACAUUGGAUAUUAUGAAAUCGAUGAAGAGCUUAUAAAUUUAGAAGAGAAAAGACUGACUAAGAUCUUGAGAUCAACUUUUGUAUUAUUAGCAGGGGCAUCAGCAGCAUUUUCAUUAUUAGCAGUUCAAUAUCCAAUAACAAAGAUCCAAAAUUUACACUUGUCAAGAUUGGAAACUUUAGAUAUUUACAAUUCUUCAAGAAGAGUGAAGAAACCUUUUGUUAAAGUGUAUUAUAAUUCGUAUAUUGAUACCUACUAUCAAGUAAUGAAGAUAAAAUCCAAAUCUAAACUAACAUGGUUUGAACUAAGUUACAAGGGAUUUGUAAGGAAUGCAUUAUCUACAAUUCCUGCAACAUCCAUAGGGCUAUUGGUGUUUGAGAUCAUGAGAACUAGACUUGCUGAUUCAAUAGAUUAUGAUCAAUUAUUGUAA